AUGGCAUUCAUUGUCAAGAACCUGAUUCUCGUGCUGACGCUUGCAUUCCUGACCCACAUCAACCUCUCUGUCGCAAGCGCCUUGCCCCCUGCCGGAGGUCUUCGGAUCGACAUGACCAACUCUCUCGUUGCUCGCAACACCAGCAUGGAAGCCGCCUGCCCUGCUGGUCAGUCCCCAAAUCAAGCUGGCUGCUCGACCUGCGCUGAGUGCUGUAUCUUUCAACUCAACGACGCCGGCUGUGGCCAACAUUCGGUCGAGGAACUCGUCGUCAAUGACUAUGCCUGCCAUCCGCUUUGGAUUGGCAUGAACAACGUCUGGAUCUCCGAGUGUACCGGUUCCUUUGCCGAGUGCAUGUUGUACAGCAAAGAUGACUGCACGGGUGAUGGCUCUUGGGAUAUUACCAACGAGCAAGACUACUGCCACCACACCCAGUACUGGAUCAAGAGCAUUCGGUGCUAUGAGGAUUCUGGUCCCGAUGCAAAGCGCCGAACUUGA